AUGGCGUGGACCGAGCCACGGUCGCGUCCAGACCCAGAGCCAGAACCAGAACUAAAACUGACCCCUCACAAUCUCAGGAUUCAAACAUCAGCCACAACUUUUUCACCAACCCUUCCUCAAGUCCAGCCUCCGGUUUUACUGCCCCUCCUCGUCCUCCUAUUUACUGCCUUUGCUGACCUCUGUACAGCCGGUCCACCCCAGCCAGCCCGCCCCCCUCUCCUGUCUGGACAGCCUUUUAUCAUCUUCUGGGGCAUCCCUGACUCUUCCUGCUCUGGUCGGCCAGAUCCCAGAUCUUUCAGUAUGGAACAGGAGGGCCGCGUGGCUGUCUUUUACGAGGACACGCUGGGGACCUACCCAUAUUAUGUAGACAAAGACACGCCGGUCAAUGGGGGGCUACCGCAGCACACGCGUCUAAACAACCACCUCCAGAAGACACAGCAGGACUUGGAGGCAGCUUUACCUGCCCCAAGGUACCUUGGGUUGGGGGUGUUGCGGUGGGCAGAGUGGUCCCCCCAGUGGUCCAGGAACCGAGCGAAGCAGGCGAUGUACCUGGAGGCAUCGAGAAAUCUACUGAAGGCUUUCUUUCCUAACUGGACCCCGGCAGAGGUGGAGAAGUGGUCACAGGUGGACUUCGAGGCAGCAGCCCAGUCAGUAAUGAUGGAGACUCUACGGGAGGUCAAAAGAUUACGGCCCAAAGCUUUAUGGGGCGUCUCCCCUUACCCCAGCUGCUACAACGGCGACCCCACCCAAACCGUGUUAGCCAAUUACACCGGCCAGUGCCCUGCUGCAGAGAUGGCCCUUAACGACGAGCUUCUGUGGCUCUGGAAACGAUGCUCCGCCCUCUACCCUCUCCUCACCCUGGAGAAGCUGCAGGGUGGGACCACUGGAGCCAGGCUUUAUUUAUCCAGUCAAAUAAGAGAAGCAUUACGAGUAUCAUCUCUGACUGGGACGGCGUUUGAUCUGCCUGUAUUCCCACUGGUCAAGAGCGUCUACGCUUCAACUAACACCUUCCUGUCACAGACAGACCUGGUCAGCACCAUAGGAGAAAGUGCUGCCAUGGGAACAGCCGGAGUUGUCAUCUGGGAGAGAAGUGAGACUAAGACAGAGAGAGAGUGUCAGGACCUGGCAGAGUUCGUCCGCAAAGUCCUGGGGCCCUACUCCAUCAACGUAACCACGGCAACUCGACUGUGCUCAGCCUCUCUGUGCCAGGGAAAGGGCCGGUGCGUGCGUCAAAACCCCGAUAGUUCGGCCUACCUCCACCUGCCGCCCCCAUCUGAACCGGUGGAGAAGGUGACGGAAAAGGCAGAGGCAGCAAAAGCCACAGAUCAGCCGGACACAGACACUAAACCAGCUGAGCCAGACCCUGCUGAGAUAUGGAAGAAAGACUUCCAGUGCCAGUGGUACAAGACAGCAGACAGGGACGUCUCAGACCAACAGUCCCCCAAAGACGGAGCGUCUGUUGUGAGGACAGUAGAAGAAAAUGCUGGGGAUGCAGUGGGACCUACAACUGCUUCCACAACAAAAGGUGCCUCUGUGACUGAGUUAAGAGGAAGCAGUUCACCAGGCACUGCCAGUCCAACGUCUUCACUGGUUGUACCUACAGACGGUGGUGCAAACCCAGUGAGUACCCCAACCCUGACUCUUCUCCUGCUGUUGCUGGUGGCUGAAAGUCUACCCCUGUGA